AUGGGACCUGCUGACAGCUUUUCUCCAUUUUAUACAGAAAAGAGACCUAUUCCUGCUAACACCUAUCACUCUAGCAAAUACUUGACAAUGAAGGGCAAGAGUGACUUACAGUUUUCCUCCAACCUAUCCGAGGAGGAAGAAAAUGUGUAUGAGACUGUAAGUUCUUCAACACUGGAGGCCAUUCAUUCUUUGAGAAUCCUUCCUGCCAAGCCUCUACAAGAAUCUGAAUAUGCAGAUAAACGUUGCUUAAGGCCUUCAGGUACCACUUCUCCAAUGAGCGAGAACCCAUCUCAGCCCCUUCAACGCUCAGCUAUUCGCACAUUUGAUCCGGAGGGGACGACAGUGCCAAAUGUAAGAGGAGGAAGAAUGAUAAUACAUGGAUGCCAGGAGCCUACACCUCCCCCACGGCCUCUGAAGAUGCUGCCAAAGCAGUAUCAGCCCCUUCCUCCAGAGCCAAGAAAAAGCAGCCAGGUCUUUCACGAGAGGAACACACUCAGCCAAGAUCCCACCUUUCCAAUAUCAGCAAAAGUCACAAGACACUCAUCUGUUAAGGAAUCAGAUAAAGCACCUGGAAGAGAGCAAGUUACAAGUUUGGGGAAGAAACCUGAAGUAUCUUUUCAAGCACAACAGCAUCCUCCUGAAGCCAGCCCUCAAUGUACACGGAGCUCUAAAAAUAUUUGCAGAUCAGGUUCCACAUUAAAUGUAGAUAAUUUGACAGUGAAGAAGACACCACCUCCUACAUCAUAUGCAGCAUGCAAAAAUAAAUCAAAACAUUUGCUUGUAGAACAGGAAAUGCAAUCUCUUACCCAACCCACUGAAAAGGAUUUAAACAAAUAUGAAUGGUAUGUUGGAGAAUAUGAUCGCCAUAAAGCAGAGAAGAUACUGUUACAGAAAAACAUUGAUGAGACAUUCUUGGUUAGAGAUUGUUCAAAGAAAUCAAAGGCUGAACCAUACGUUUUGGUUGUUUAUUAUGGAAGAAGAGUAUACAACAUUAAAGUACGUUUCCUGGAAGAAAGCCAACAAUAUGCGUUGGGAACAGGGCUCAGAGGAGAGAGUAAAUUUAAUUCCGUGGAAGAGAUCAUUGACUUCUACAAAUCCGUUCCCAUAACACUCAUUGACGGAAAGGAUCAGUCAGGAAACCACAGAGAACAAUGCUACCUCACACAUCCAUUCAAGUCAUGCUGACGUCUUCUGCCUUAUUGUCGCUGAUUCAUCUGUACAGAUAUAAAUAGCAUGCACGUUUAAAGGUCUCAAGAAUCAGAUUCACCUUUUGAGCAAGGAGCUCCCCAUAACACACAACAAAUACAGA